CAUUGGUAAAUGAUUGUCUUUUGAGGCAAAUGCAAAUAUUGUGAAGUUUUAGCCUCGAUACGGAGUAAUCCUCAAUUUCAGGGUUAUUUGAGGAUUGGUGUGUAAGCAUACCCAGUGCUUGUCAUGUGUAAUACUGUCGGUGAUUAUUAAAGUAUCCAACAGCUAACACAAAUGGCCCCACCGGGCUAUUCUAAGGAGAACUUGCUGAAUGGUCUCCGCUCGAUACAAUACAAUGAAUUUGACCAAACGCCAGAGAGGGGAAAGUGUCGGACAUGGAAGCUAGCAAAUGAAGCAAAAUGGAACAAGCCUCUCCCAUGUCCGAGUCCGGCCGCUCUGGGAUUUCUCUCUUGUUACUCUGAUCAUCCGAUGCCUUCAACCUCUUCCAAAGCCUAAUGCACCAUUGAUCUAUGGAGGGCGCCAUGUUAAGCCUCCCCGGGAGGCUGGAGCAGCUGCUUCGUCUUCACGGCAGCAUGCUGCCCAAGGGCGCGGACGACGAGAUACCGCUCAUCAAGAGAGAUCUCGAGGAAAUAAUCUCCAUCCUACACCGUCACAGCGAGCCGAAGCUGGAAGAUGAUGCCAUGGUGGUCAGGUGCUGGAUGAAGGAGGCGCGCGAGCUCUCUUACGACAUGGAGGACUGCAUCGACCAGUACGAGCAUGCUGCCGGCUCUCGGACUGAUCUGAGCGGACCUAACAUCCGCCGCCGUAAGUUGAGUCGCCGGCAGAGGGGAAGCAAGAUCCCCCAGAAACUGAAGCAGCGGCUGUGGAUGGCCAACAAGAUCAGAGAGUUCAGCCUGCGCGCCCAGGAGGCGCUUCGACGCCACGCCAUGAACAACCACAACAACCUCGGUUCUACUUCUACUAGUAGAGGAGAUGGAGAUGUAUGCUCUACCACGCAGACGCAGUUCAUGGUCAAUGUCGACGCCGUCCUGAAUGACCUGAACAAGCUCAAAAACCUGCUCGCUGCCAUCCCUGCGGCCAUCACCAGCAACAUCCGUCGUGUUGGCAUCGAUGCCUCCAUGAACAAGAUCGAAAGCUGGCUCGCUGUGUGUGAUGGAGAGGAGAAGCUCAAGGUGGUGUCCAUCGUGGGAGUCGGAGGAAUCGGCAAGACCACGCUCGCCAAUGAGCUGUACCGCAAGCUUGGCCGGCAGUUCGAGUGCCGGGCAUUUGUUCGUUUGUCCCAGAAGCCUGAUAUGAGGACAAUUCUCACCAAUAUCCUCUCGCAGAUUCGCCCACAGCACCAACCUGAUAAUUGGAAAGUGCAUACCCUAAUUUCCAAUAUCAGGAAACAACUGCAAGAUCAGAGGUACUUGAUUAUAGUUGAUGAUUUAUGGACUACAUCCACAUGGGAUAUUAUUAAGAGCGCUUUACCAGAUGGUUACAGUUGUAGCAGAAUACUAACCACGACAGAAAUUGAAGAUCUAGCUCUGCAAUCUUGUAGUUACGACUCCAAGUAUAUUUUCCAGAUGAAACCUCUUGGUCAGGAUGACUCAAGAAGUUUAUUUCUCAGUACAGUAUUUGGCUCCCAUUCUAAUUGUCCUCCAGAACUCAGUGAAGUUUCAUAUGAUAUUGCAAGCAAAUGUGGUGGUUUGCCGCUAGCUAUUGUCACCACUGCAAGUCUUUUAGCAAGCCAGCUUGAGAAUCAGGAACGAUGGGAUUAUAUAAACAAGACAUUCGGUUACAGUUUGAUGGCAAAUUCUAAUUUGGAAGGGAUGAAACAGCUAUUGAAUCUUUGUUAUAACAAUCUUCCUCAGCAUUUGAAGUCAUGCAUGUUAUAUCUUGGUAUGUACCAAGAGGAUACCAUAAUUUGGAAAGAUGAUUUGGUGAAUCAAUGGAUGGCUGAAGGUUUGAUCUCUGCAGUUGAAGAGCAUGGCAAGGAAGAGAUUUCAAGGUCCUGUUUUGAUGAGCUUGUUGUUAGAAAAAUUAUCCAGCCUGUACAUAUCAAUCACAAUGGCGAGAUUUUAUCUGGUGUAGUUCGCCGUAUGGUACUCAAUUUUAUUGCAUACAAGUCAAUAGAAGAUAAUUUUAUUAUUGCUAUAGAUCAUCCACAAGCGAUUACGAGACUUGCUGACAAGGUUCGACGGUUAUCUAUUCACUUUGGUAAUGUAGAAGAUGCAACUCUACCAACAAAUAUGAGACUGUCCCAAGUUCGGACACUUGCCUUGUGGGGGAUCUUGAAGUGUACAUCUUUUAUUACAGAAUUUCGACUUCUUAAAGUUCUAAUUCUACAUUUUUGGGGUGAUGAGGAUAGUGUCAGCAAUUACGAUCUCACUAAAAUUUCAGAACUUGUUCGACUGAGAUACUUGAAGGUCACCUCUAAUGUCACCUUAAAACUGCCAACCCAGAUGCAAAGUCUACGAUAUUUGGAGACGCUGAAAAUAGAUGGAAAAAUAAGUGCAGUUCCAUCAGACAUCAUUUAUUUGCCAGGCUUGCUGCAUCUUAGUCUUCCUGCUAAGACAAACCUGCCGAAUGGAAUUAUCCACAUGACAUCGCUUCGCAAAAUUGCAUAUUUUGAUCUCAGCUGUAACUCAGAAGAGAAUGUAUGGAGCCUUGGUGAGCUGACCAAUCUCUGGGAUAUUCAGCUCAGCUAUUCUGAUAUACAUUCUGACAAUCUGAAGAAUAAUAUGGAAUGCCUUGGAUCGAUUUUGGGGAAGCUCUGUAACCUUAAGUCUAUAACUCUGUCACCUGCAGGCUCCUCUUAUGACAAUACUCUACAAAUUAACAGUACUACAAGCACAAGGAUCUCUGUUGAUGGCUGGAGCAGUGUGUCCUCUCCACCAGCACUCCUUCAGAGGUUUGAGUUGUCACCAUGUGUUUGUAUCUUUUCUAACCUUCCAAAUUGGAUUGGGCAGCUUGGAAAUCUCUGCAUUUUAAAGAUCGGGAUAAGGGAAGUAACAAAUAAUGAUGUUGAUGUUCUCAAAGUAUUACCGGAACUCACUGUUUUGUCACUCUAUGUCCACACAAAGCCCACAGAAGAGAUUGUCAUUGGCAAUGCAGGGUUCUCAAUCCUCAAAUACUUCAAGUUUAGAUGCAGCAUAGCGUGGAUGAAAUUUAAGGAGGGUGCAAUGCGUAAUCUCCAAAAGCUCAAGCUUGGUUUUGAUGUUCAUAGAGCAUAUCAACAUGAUACUAUUCCAGUCGGAAUCGGACAUUUGUCAGGACUUAAAGAGAUAUCUGCAAAAAUUAGGGUCGCCUGUACUGCUGGUGAUCUCUGUAGAAGAUUUGCAGAGUCGGCAUUGACUAACGCCAUUAGGAUGCAUCCAAGACAGCCUAGUGUCAAGAUACGAUGUGUAGAUUGGACCUUUGAUGGUAAGGAUGGUAACAAUGCUGGGACACAAGAGGAAGAAAAUAGGACUCUGCAAAAACACCAUAUCGUAAAAGAAGGUUCAAAUGAGACAUCUGCGGUUGACAGAAGCAGGAAAAAGCAGCGCAGGGAAGGGACAAAGGUGAGGAUGAGUUCUAUGGUGGACGACGGCUUCAGCUGGAGGAAGUACGGCCAGAAACCGAUUGAGGGGGCAAUGCACCCUAGAAAUUAUUACCGAUGCGCCUCGCAGGGCUGCCGAGCGGCCAAGCAUGUGCAAGCCACCGAUGAUAACCCGCUGAUCGUCGACGUCAUGUACCACGGGGAGCACACAUGUACUCCAUCAGGAUCAGGGAAGUCGAAGAUCACGCUUGUACGAAGGACUCCAGUAAGCACCGGCGGCAGAUCAAGCGUGGGGAUUGCGGAAGCUCCAGCUCCCCUAUACGUUAGAUCUCCCUUAGAAAGGUUGGAGGAAGAUGAAGGUAAUCAGCUUCUCCAACCUUUAAAUUCUAAAUCCGCUCCUGAGAAGCACAGAGCAGCUGCACUCCACCAGGCACGAGCAGAGCUCAACUUCGGUGGGUCGCGUGGAGGACGACGACAGUGAAGUAAAUUUAAAUCUAAAUAUGUAUUUUUCGUAAGUAUAUUAAAUAUGAAUUUUAUUUUGAAACUUUGUAAUGUAUAUGUACUAACUCAUCUAUUUUAAUAUGAUUAUAUAUCAUUCAGUUUGUCUAAGCAACCGAGGUCUUAUGUUUUGUUGUGAUAGUUUGGUGCUCGGUUUGUGAUUUCGGUUCAUAAUGGACAUCUGUUGACCCAUCUAAACAAAGUUUGCCACUUCGCAAAGAAAUAUUUUUUUUAAACUCAUUGCUAAUUUGACUGUAAAAUGUAUACCCUUGUCCUUUUCCUGUGCAAUUUAUGUCUUUAUAAGCUGAAGAAAGGUACUUAUAAUUUGAAUAAUCACUCCAUUCGAUCUCAGUCCGCUCCCUCUUUUCAUCAGUUCUGUUCAAGCUUAUGCAAAAACUUAUGGCAGCGUUUCAAUCAAGGGGAUUGCUGUUAUACAGUUACUCACCCGAAAGGCUAUGAUAUUAGAUAGUGAUAUUAGAUAGGUGUCAGAUCUGGUACCUCAUAAGUAUCAUCUGAUACCAUAUACCGUAUGUUACUAAUUGAUACUAGAUUAAAUUCGAUACCGGCCAUCAAGUAUCAUCCAAUACUAGUCAGUACCAUGUUGAUACUCAGUUGUGUACCCGUUAAUACCGGUUAAAGUUACAAAUACCACUGAUUGUAGAUAAGGCCAAUGAUUGAAAGCUCAAUUUAUCUUUAGUUGUGUAUUCUAUUAGAAGAAGAUGAGGAUGUUGGGAAUCAUAUCAUCUAUUAAUGUGCUUUCCUUUUUCUUACAGGAGCUAAAUGAAGCAUCCAAGUUUCACCAUUUUCAGUAACUCAGAUUUGGUCUUGUGCAAUAUGUGUCAGGUUUUGCAGGAAAAUGCUAAUGCAACGCUAUAUUUGAUCAGUGAUUCUUAAAGGGAACGACUCCUUAAUUAUAUAGCAGCCCCAGCAACCACCGGUGAUCCUACUGGUGAGUGAGCUCCACUGUGAUGGCCAUGGCCUCGGAGGAGGACCUCGGUGUGAUCAGGCCUGAUGAGGUCGAUCGGCCGAAGAUCGAGCAGGCAGACCAGCGCCUUGAGUACGGCUGGAAAAACCAACUUAUGAUGAGCUGAACGAGCGAAGAUUGUUGUACAUGGGGCUACAGCUUCAAGUAACAUGCUCUUAUCAUCUUAACUUGAUACGUCGUGCACGCUCCAGGUCAGCCCGGCCCAAGUCGAAAGCUCGGCCCAAAGCCAUACUUCCUCUGCGAAACAACACAAACAAGAGAAAACAGAGCCCAACAAAAACAUCCCUACUUGUUGCUUCCUCUACCGAUCUUCUAUACUACUUUUACGUCGUAUACUACUGUAUUAUUAUAUUCCAGUGGAGGAUGGAGUACAAUACAACAGCGAAAAAGUGUAUUCUACCUUUUCAGAUCUGAUGAUUCUGAAGUUCCUUUUUUUUUCGUUAAUUUAAUACAGAACAAUUAGCUAGUGGAUCCAAUUAUAUGUGCAGGCAUUGAUGUUAUCUAUAUAUCAUCAUGUAAAUGAUGGGAUAUGUUGGAUACCUGAUGAUAUCUGA